CCCGCCAAUUCAAUUGGUGACAGACCAAAAUUACCCCUCCACCCCACCAAGAGAAAAUAUCAAGACUCUCUCAACUCUUUAGCAUCAGUUCGAGUGAAGCUAUAACGAAGCUUCAUCUCUCAUCGCAGCCACCCUGUUCGCCCUUCGACUUCUCCGCCAGGCACCCCGAAGCCUCUCCCCGUUAAUAUCCUUCAGAAUGGCAUCCUUCGCCUCCCAGACCUACACUCCCACCGAGGAGGCCGAGAUCCAGCAAUGGCUCACCACCUCCGAGCGUCUCAAGUCCCCCGAGGACAAGUCCACCAUCCUCGAGACCCUCAACAACCACCUCUCCAGCCGCUCCACUCUCCUCGGCAGCAAGCCCUCCAAGGCCGACGUUGCCAUCUACGAGACCCUCGCCCCCAUCGUCGCCAAGUGGUCUCCCGAGGAGCGAACCGGCGAGAAGGGACAUCCUCACAUCGUCCGCCACGUCGACUUUGUCCAGAACUCUCCCCUGUUCGGCCUCGAUGUCAAGGAUGAGAACAAGGUCCAGGUUGAUCGUGAUAACGUUCUCUACGUGAAGCCUCCCGUUGACGCCAAGGCCGAGAAGGAGAAGAAGAAGAAGGAGGCUGCUGCUGCUACCGCUGGUGGUGCUGGCGAGGCCUCGCUUGUUGAUCGUACCAAGGAGAAGGUCAAGGAGGUUGUUGAGACGGCCAAGGAGAAGAUUGCUACCGAUAAGCCUAAGAAGGAGAAGAAGGAGAAGGCUCCCAAGCAAAAGGCUGCUCCCGCCCCUGCUGCUCCUCUAUCCCCUGCUCUCAUUGACCUCCGAGUCGGUCACAUUCUCAAGGCCAUCAACCACCCCGACGCCGACUCCCUCUACGUCUCCACCAUCGCUGUCGGCGACAAGCCCGGCAACGAGGACUACGUCGAGUACGAGGGUCAAGUCUGCCGCACCGUCUGCUCCGGUCUCAACGGCCUCAUCCCUCUCGAGUCCAUGCAGGGCCGCAAGGUCGUCGUGGUCUGCAACCUCAAGCCCGUCAAGAUGCGCGGCAUCAAGUCCUGCGCCAUGGUCCUCGCCGCCUCUCCCAAGAUCAAGGAGGGUGAGGUCGACGACCACAAGGGCCCCGUUGAGCUCGUCACUCCCCCCGAGGGUGCCAAGGCCGGUGACCGUGUUUGGUUCGAGGGCUGGGAGGGUAGCCCUGAGGGUGUGCUCAACCCCAAGAAGAAGAUCUGGGAGACUUUCCAGCCUGGUUUCACUACCACCGAUGGUCUUGAGGUUGCUUUUGAUGCGGGUGUUGUUGAGCAGCUUGGAAAGACUGGCCGUGGACGUCUUGUUACUGAGAGUGGUGGUGUCUGCACUGUCCCCAGCCUCAAGGAUGCUGUUGUGCGAUAAACACAGAGUUACGAUGCAAGUAGUGUAGAAGAACAAAAAAUGUGAUAGACCAAUGUCAAUGGGACUUCCAAGAAACUCGUAAUGUUUGAACAUCUUGGUGUUGUUUAUUUGUUUAGACGUCAAGUCCUUCUGACCUCCAACACUAAUGUACAGUACAUAUUCUACAUCCUCCUCCAUGGUAUACAAAGUGCAGC